ACUAAAUGAUAUUAAGUGUCUGUGUAACUUUAAUAAAAGGCCAGAUUAGAAUUUUCAGACACUGUACAUAAUGGCUUCUGCAUUAGCUUCAUGAGGAAGCGAUGUUUCUCAUGUUCUACUUCUAAAAUAUACAGUUAAACAAAAUGAAGUUACCAGCUGUCUCCAGAGAAGCAGUACUGCGAAUCAUGCGCAUGGCUGCUGUUAAUGGGUGCCAGUGUCCAGCUCAUUCUCAAUCAUUUUCUGGUAUAUCAGCUCAAAAUUGUGCUUCCAAAACUCAGCAACAAAACUCAAAAGAAUAUGCUGUAGAGAUGGCAUGUUCAAACAUAAGAUAUGGAAAAGGAGUUACAGCUGAAGUUGGAAUGGAUCUUCAAAAUAUGAAUGCCAAACAUGUUGCUUUAUUUACAGAUAAAAACCUUGUCAACCUGCCACCAGUUUUGGAGACAAUCAAAUCCUUGGAACAAAAUAACAUCAACUUCUCAUUAUUUGACAACGUCCGCAUCGAGCCCACAGAUGUUAGUUUCCAAGAAGGUAUCGAUUUUGCAAAGAAUGGAAAUUUUGAUGCUUUUUUGGCUGUUGGAGGUGGAUCAGUGAUAGAUUCUGCUAAAGCUGCAAAUUUACUUCUUUGUCAUCCAAAUCACGAACUUCUGGAUUUUGUGAAUGCACCCAUUGGAAAAGGCUUACCUACAGAAAACGAACUGAAACCACUUUUAGCUGUUCCAACAACAGCCGGAACAGGAAGUGAAACCACAGGUGUGGCAGUCUUUGAUUAUACUCCGUUAAAAGCAAAAACUGGAAUUGGCAACCGCGCACUUCGGCCAUUGCUUGGGAUAGUCGAUCCACUUCAUACUUUACACAUGCCCGCAAGAGUUACAGCUAACAGUGGAUUUGAUGUGUUUUGUCAUGCGCUGGAAUCCUACACGGCAAUUCCAUACACUGAACGCUCUCCACGUCCGAGUAAUCCGAAAUUGCGCCCAGCUUACCAAGGUAGUAAUCCGAUCAGUGAUGUUUGGUCAAAGCACGCAUUAAAAGUUUGCGUGGAUUAUUUAAAAAGAGCUGUUUCAGAUCCACAUGAUAUGGAAGCAAGAUCUGAGAUGCAUCUGGCGAGCGUGUUUGCUGGUAUUGGCUUCGGAAACGCAGGUGUUCAUCUAUGUCAUGGAAUGUCGUACGCUCUGUCUGGCAUGGUGAAAAAAUAUCAAGCUGAAGAUUAUAAUGUCGAACACGCGCUUGUUCCGCACGGUUUGUCCGUCAUUAUCACAGCACCUGCAGUGUUUAACUAUACCGCGCCAGCUUGUCCAGAAAGACAUCUUGAUGCUGCUGAAAUAUUAGGUGUUGACAUCUCCAAUGCAAAGAAAGAAGACGCUGGCCCGAUAUUAUCGGAUGCAAUUCGCAAAUUCAUGUAUGACUUAAAUGUGGACGACGGUAUUUCAAGUUUUGGUUACACGAGUUUGGAUAUUCCCGAUUUAGUCAACGGGACGUUACCACAACAUCGGGUUACAAAACUAGCCCCGGCAGGCGAACCAGCACCUGAAGAGUUCUCCAUGAUAUACGAGCAGUCGUUAAAGAUUUAUUAAAACGUUUCGUCUGUUCAGUAUGUGAAAUUGCUGAAGUCAGCACUUUUUUAACCCAGUAAUUAAGAAGGUUAGCCACUUUCAAUUUGCCUUGAAACAAUAAUUUUUUAUUUUUUAAAAACUAAAUUUUUUAGAUUUUAGUAUUAGAUUUAAUUAGAAUUUAUUAGCGGUUGAUAA